AUGCUCCCAUCCAUCCUCCCCCUGCUGGGUCUCCUCCUCCACACCGUAGGAGCGAACACCAUCGCCAUUAACCACAUCUCCCGACAAACCUGCCAAUCCACCGGAACCCACUGUCCACCAGGAACCCUCAUCGUCAGCCCAACUUCCAAACGUGCCUCCCACACAACCAUCCAAUCCGCCAUAAACUCCCUCCCUGACGAUGCAACCCCACAAACAAUCCUUAUCCUAGAAGGCACCUACACCGAGCAAGUAAACAUAACCCGCUCAGGCCCAAUAACCAUUCUGGGCCAAACAACCUCCCCGAAAGACGCAACCCGAAACCGCGUGCGCAUCACCUGGGCCGCCGGCAACAGGGACAGCACCGGAAACAUCGACAAUGUCUUCUCCAGCGUGCUGGUUGUAGCACCCACACUCGAAGCGAGUCUCACGGGCUCCGGCACAACGGGAUAUCCCGUGCCCGCUGAUACGCCGUUCGGAAAUAAAGAUUUCCGGGUAUAUAAUGUUGACUUUGAUAAUACCUGGGCGGAGUACUCUGAUGGACCGGCGCAUGCGCUGAGUUUCAGUCGCGCUAAUGGAGGGUUUUAUUAUUGCGGGUUUUAUUCGUACCAGGAUACUGUCUACAUAGGCAAACUCGGCAACGCCUACUUCUACGAAAGUAUCCUAGCCGGCCAAACCGACUUCCUCUACGGCUUCGGCACAGCCUGGAUCCAAUCUAGCGCGCUACAACUCCGCGGCUGCGGCGGCGGUAUAACCGCCUGGAAAGGCACGAACACAACAACCCCGAACAAGUACGGUGUGUACAUUGUUGACUCCAGUGUGCGUGCCGCGAACACCUCCAUCGCGGCUGAUAUCAAGGGCGCGUGUGCGCUCGGUCGGCCGUGGAAUAGCCAGCACCGGUCUAUCUUUGCGCGCUCUUAUGAAGAUGGUAGUAUUGAUCCACAGGGGUAUAUCAAUUGGGUUAUUAGUGGUGUCGGGAGGUUCGAGAAGGGCGUUACACUUAUGGCGGAGUAUCAAGUCUACGGGCCUGGGGUUAAUGAGACUGCUCGUAUUGAGGGUGGUGUUACUUCUGUUCUUGGAUGGGAGGGCUAUGAGGCGUAUAGUACUCCGCAGAAGGUUUUUGGGGAUACGGAGUGGGUUGAUUGGGGGGUUGUUAAGGGGAAUUAA